AUGACACUGUCUACGUCUCCUGCAGCCGACAAGUCCUCGGAUUCUCUUCCAGGCCUCCGUGCGAUUGCCAUCAAUGUUCUGACCCGUGUCGCAUAUGGCAGGCAUACGCCAUUUUCCAUUGCAUCCUCCUAUCGCGAUGCUACCAAGGCUUUGACAUACGUCGAUGGUAUUGCGUUGGUCGUCGACCUACUCCUUGUUGCUGCCUUUAUUCCCGCGGGAAUCCUACGACUGCCUUUCAUGCCACAGCUCUCCAAGAAGCUAGGCCAAGCGAUGGUGAAGCUACCGGACCUCACAGUGGAUAUGCUCGACCAAGAGCGUAAGAGAAUUUCCUCCGCUGAUUCCAAGGAAUUUCAAAACACCAUUAUGACAACGCUCGUGCGCCUCUCGGACCAAGGUAGGGAGCAAGACGAUGACCAGGGCUCAUCCGGCAAGUCUGUUGCGACUGGCGGUAACAAACAAUAUCUCACGGAAGAAGAGAUCGCGGGAAACCUCUUCAUCUUUACUGCCGCGGGCUUCGACACGACGUCAAACACAAUGUCUUACGCAAUCUGCCUCCUGGCAGCCUACCCGGAAUGGCAAGCUUGGAUACAAGCUGAGAUCGAUGUUGUGCUUGGGGCUGGGGAUCAUGAACAGAUAUCGCUGGAAGAUUACACGGCCAUCUUUCCAAAGUUGACGCGAUGUCUGGCCGUCAUGUUCGAAACCCUGCGCGUGUACCCUGCCGUAAGCUUGUUGAUCCGCACCGUCGAAACAAACCAGACAAUCUUUCCAUCAAGUUCCAAAUCCGACUCGUUCAUUCUCCAAGCCCCAUGCGCCGUCCACGUCAACAUCAUGGCCCUGCAUACCUCGCGCUCAACCUGGGGAGCAGACACCCUCGACUUCAAGCCCGCGCGUUGGUUUCCAGAAGGCCAGGACUCAAUGUAUGUGCCGCCUCGAGGUACUUUCAUGCCCUGGUCCAGCGGCCCGCGCAAUUGUCCCGGCCAGAAAAUGUCUCAAGUAGAGUUCGUGUCGGUCGUCAUGACGCUGUUUGGGAAGUGCAGCGUUGAGCCGGUGGCUGAGAAAGGACAGACUGUGAAGCAGGCUAGAGAGAGGCUGUUGGGCCUUUUGCAGGAUAGUCAGCCCGUGUUGACGCUGCAGAUAAAUAAGCCGAGGGAAGUGAAGUUGAAGUGGACGAGGCGAUAG